AUGAUACGGAAUUGGAACUGCAUAUCAAUUUAAAAAUUUAUUGUUUCGUAAUCAGUGUUUCGUAAUUAUCUUCAUUUCGAAGAUAAUUUCAAACGAAGCUGAAUGCCGACUGUUUAAUAAUGAACAUGUUCACUGAAACAGCAGAACAGAAAGUUGGUCAAUGGAUUUCGAAACUUUUAGAAGAAGAACACUUCAGAGAAUUCAGAAUUGAAAUAGAAAACAAUGAAAAUCUUGGUGGUCACCUUUCAAAUAUCAUCUGUGCCAAAAUCGUUGGAAUUACUUCUGAUAAUGAAACUAAAGAAGUGAGUAUUGUUGCAAAAUAUAAUGGCCAGAACAGUGUCAAAUUUCUGACAGUGGGCUUCGAACGCGAGAUUUUCAUCUACGAAAAACUUUUUCCAGUAUUCAAAAAGUUUCAACACGAUACUAAUGCUCUUGAAUUGUUAAACUCGUUUCCAAAAUGCUAUCAAACAUUGGCAUCUGAGGAUCAAAGUAUUAUCGUCUUGGAGAAUUUGACAAAAAAUGGCUACCAGCUCUACAAUAGAAUGAAACCUAUGGAUUUAGACCACCAGAGAUUCGUGAUCAAAGAAUAUGCCAAGCUACAUGCGGUUUCAUUUGCAAUGCGUGACCAAAAUUGUGAUGAAUUCCAAAAACUGUCUUCGAAACUUCCAAACGUAGCAAAGCUGUAUUUCCAAGAAGAUUCCACCAAGAAAACCAUGAUGAAGUAUUCAAGAUAUGCACGGGAUAUCCUUAUAAGAAAAAAUGAGGUGAAAUUACUUGAAAAAAUCGAAUCAAUUCUUGAAACUGGUCUUACUGAAAUUAUUCUUAAUAAUGUUUUGAAUGCCAAAGACAAGUAUUUUGUUCUUACACAUGGAGAUUCUUGGAAUAACAACUUUAUGUUCAAGUACAAGGUAAGUCUGUUAGUCAAAAACUAGUCAUAUUGAAGAUGAAUGGUUUUAAUCGUUUAUAAAAGUCUUGAAGGGAUUCGUUUGAAGAUACUGUAGGCAUACUGGGUAUCCCAUAUUCAAUGUUACACGUAAUACCUCGGUUUCUGAUAGAUAUAUAGAAAAAUGAUUAUUAUAAAAAGUAUCAUUUUCCAGAGAAGCUACAUUUUUAUGUGAUUUGUACCUAUACGAAUUUUUCGAUAGUUGCUUUUUGUUUUCGAUAGAAUACCCUUUAUGUAAUUAUAUAAUCAGAUUUUGAGUCAAAUCUAAUAUGUGAUCUUUGAAAUUUUUCGCAAAAAUUCUUAAUUAUAUUGUGAGACUGA